CCCCUACACAUCCUCCUUCCCCACUCCUACCUGCCCGUGAGGCUUUUACACAUGCCCUAUGUUGACCUCGUAUCCACAGACGACUACGCCUCUAUCUGGUACACUACUAACAGCUUCACGAAAUAUGUCAGCUCCUUCGAUGCCGACAAGCCUACUGUCAUGAUGUUGCAUCCUAUGGGCUUUGACUCCAGGUGGCUCACUACUCAGCUCGCCGACCCCAGAUUGAAUGACAAUUACAACGUCAUCGCAAUAGACUCGCGAUAUGCGGGCAGGUCGCAUAGUAGACCGAGUGGGAAGUUGGACCAUUGGGUGGAGGCUGCCGAUUUGGCUUUUAUUUGCCAGAGUCUACAAUUACCCUCUGUGCAUGUUUGGGCUGAGGAGCCGCUGGCUACAAACGUUGCCCUUCGUUUCGCUAUACUGUUCCCCGAGAUGUGUCUCAGCCUAACGCUCGUCACCGUCGCUCCUCCAACAGAACUCAAGUCGUAUUUCGCUUCGUUCGACGAAAUGAUGAACAUGUGGUCCUUUGCGGAAGACUUGGACACGUUCGAGCAUGCUGUAAUGGAGUUUUUCGGACUGACUGUUGGCUCGGACAUCGAGGAUGACAUGUCAGACUCUAUUGUCGCCUAUUGGCAAACUAAUUACCCACCCUUCCGACGCUCAAGAUUCGUAGAGCUAGCCAACCUGCUGAUGAAUAGAGUGCCGUUACAGUCUCAUAUGCUUGAUGCAGUCACACAGCCCGUACUGAUCAUCCAUGGAGACAAGAACCCUUUGCAUCCAGUCAAAUAUGCCCAGGACCUUGCUUCAAAACUCCGUAAUGCGAAGGGCGGUGCCCAUGUAUUCAUCAUGAAAGGCUGCCAGGGCUACCUCAGCCUCUUCUCCACAUCAUCAUCUAUAUUGGUCCAAACGUUCACCAAGUUUCUCCAACGGCUCCCUCGUGUUCGUUCUGAUCUGGUCCGACCACGGAAAUCAACUGAGACGCGGAUGGCUGCUGCACUCGAGACGCUCGCUGAUUUGGUCGGUAAUCCCGCAAUAGCGGAGAGAAACGCGAUGUCACCACUCUCUUUCUCGAUGGUCUCCUUAGACGUCGAGACAUCCCAAUGUAAUAUCCUGAAGACCUUCCAUCGAGGACAGAAUACCGCAUUCUCGCCACUGGGGCCGGAUGGACGACCGGUUCGAAAAUUCUCAGAACGGAAGAUGGGGCACUGGUUCCAUUCCGAACCAGACGGAUCAUCGUAUGCCGCACACUAAGACAUUCGUCGUACCGUAGGAAACAUUUCUGUGUCUGGUCAUGUGGCCAGCGAGGCCACUUUGGACGCUCGUGGUGCGACAGGCAACAAAUCAACACAGUCAGGCUCCAACAAACGACAUUCAGAUCUCCCUACCCUCGAUCUCGUGAAGGAGUCAAAUCGGAAACCGAUGAAGUUCGACCCCAGCUGGGUCGACAGGUCGGCCGUCGCGGGUUCUCUUUCCAAGGUCGUAGCUUCGAGUGGAAUGCCAUUGAGCAAGUUUUUGCAGUGACCGGACGGACCCCUUUGCAUGGUUGUUUAUGCCGGAGGAGAACCACAUAAUACUACUCAUUUACCCUGCCUGGGGCAAGGUCAGCUUAAUAGACUCACUUUGUGCUAUAGUGCUUAUUGCUUUUCUUUCUAUACUUAUUAUCAUCUGUAUCUGAUUUGCCGGAGCUCUGGGCGGAUGUACACUCUGUUAAUAUGACAUGCACAUGUUC